AUGGAUCACUCGCUCGACGAGAUCGUUGCGGCCGCGCCCAUCGAGAAUAAUUUUUUGGUCGUCGGCCAAGUGUCCACGACGGCCGUCACCAACCCUCCGUUUGUGGAAGUCCGGAAUGGCGAAUACAACGGCGAUCACGUCCAUGUGUACGUACUCCCGCGGGAACAGUGCGGGGAAGUGCAGCGCAGGACACUUUGGCGCAUCGCGCGCUUGGCCCAGGCGAAUCACGCGAACGUGGUUCAGGUCAUCGGGAUCGGGAUGGACGCAUCGAGCGUCUUCGUGCUGACGGAAUCGACCGAUUUCGGCACCGUGCGCCAUCAUCUGGAGCAGAAGUUGUGGUUCGAUACCGGCGCAAGUAUCAAGAUCCUGCACGACGUAGCGAGCGGUAUGCGCUAUCUCCAUGGACAUGAAAUUCUCCACCGCGCGCUCACGACCGACACCAUCCACCUCUCGAGUGGCAAUGUAGCCAAGAUCAGCAACCUUGAGUUUGCCCGUCAACGUGCCGCCGCCGCCGCAAUGACCAACAUUGGGAUUCCGUUCUACGCCGCGCCCGAGAUUCUCACUGGCGCCACUAACUACACGACCAAGGUCGACGUCUACAGCUUCGCCAUGCUGAUUGUCGAAGUCGUGACCAAGAAAGAGCCGUAUGCCAACGUCGACGCCCCCGAAGCAACGAUCUUGGAGCACGUCGUCCAAAAGCACUACCGCCCUGUCUUUGACCGCUCGGCCAAGUGGCCUGCCGACUUGUUCGACCUCAUGAAAGAGUGCUGGAGCGCUGAUCCCGAGAAGCGUCCGACCUUUGACACGAUUGUCCCGCGCCUCGAGGCCAUCCUCGAUGCCGUCCCGCCGUAA